CUCCACAGGAACAACCCUUCCAUUUCGUGCUCGACAUUGGCAAUUUGGCGGCUUGACAUUUGUAUGCACAUAGGCCGGCCCGUCGACAACUCGCCCGAGGUCUUUGCGUCUGAAAAUGAACGUCCUUUUAUCGCCGCAUCCCCCGAUCUUUGCCCUCAAGUACGAAACGGCCCGACUCCCACCGCCAUUCCCUGUACACCAUGGCUUCCAGGAAGCGAAAGGCGGAUGACGAAAACGAAGAGAUGUCGGUCUCACCGCUAAGCUCGCCUGCGACGUCUUCUAGACAGCUUGCAAGACCAUCGAAGAAAGUGCGAGGGGUCAGAGACAUGUCGGGCCGGCCCUUAUCGCUGCCAAGACUCCUCGAGACACUGGACAACGCACAGCUGCGAACAGUCCUACAAACAAUCUGCGAGCGCCACCCAGAUAUUGGUCAGGAGGUUGUGACAAGUGCGCCGCGGCCUUCCGUCGCUUCGGCGCUCCAGGUACUCGGCGAAUACCAGGAGAAGCUGCGAGCCGCCGUUCCCUUCGGCCAGUCGAGUUCCGACUACAUAUAUUUCCGAGUCAAGCAACCACUUGUCGCACUUGUCGAUGCCAUCUCGGACUUCACACCGCAGUUCCUUCCGCCCGUCGAACAACAGGCAGGCGUCUCAUUACAAUAUCUGGAUGCUGUGACAAAACUAAUCCAUGAUUUGCCCGACUGGGAGACCCGACCACACCGACACCAUAAGGACAAUGCAUAUGACGAAAUCUCGUGUGCAUGGGCUGUGGUUAUCACUGAGGCGGCUAAAAGAGGAGGGGGCAUCAUUUUGCUUAGGGGUGGAUGGGACCAGCGAUUGGCCAAGCAUAAUCAACAGUCGGGAGGAAAGCUGGAACAGGCAAUGAAUGUGAUGUCGAGCGAAGUUGGAUGGAUCGGCAACUCAAACUCAAGCGCACCGCCCACCUCGAAGCUGUCUGACCCAAACUCGAUCCUCAAUCAACUCAUGAACAACACGUACGGCGCCCCUGUACGCGUCGGUCCGUGGCAGAGAUAGAGCCGCCAUGGACAGG